AUGAUUGUGUUCUGUUGUCUGAGAAUAAUGCAUGUCGGGUAUGUAUAUCUAUUGGAUAGCAAACAUGUCGCUGUUCUUCACCUUCGUCCUCGACCUCCCAAUCUCCCCCCAUGGCGAUUUCUGAGCUCUGGCGACCCUGCUGGCGGCGGCUGCGGAGGGGGAGGAGGUGGUGGAGCAGAGGAGCCGGUUGGGAAGCUCGGGGUUCUCCUCCAGAGCGGGCGAUUCCAGGCCUCUCUAACCCUCGCCAAAGCCCUAAUUUGCUCCCACAAAACGCUAUUCCCCUCUCCUUUCCACCUCUACCAAGCCCUCUCCCUCUCCUUCCCUUCUCCAAUCCCCUCCGCCGCCAGUCUCCUCGUCGCUGCCUGCGCCCACCUCAAAUUGCCCGACGACGGCCUCCAUCUCGUCUCACACGUCGCCGAGAGCCACCACCCCUUCCCCUCUCUCACCUCCUGUAAUCUUCUUCUCGAAACCGUCGUUUCUCUGGGAAGAUACUCCGAUGCCCAAUCCCUCUUCUCCCAGAUCGUGGCCUCCGGGACUAGUCCCGAUACUUUCACCUAUAACAAGCUUAUACAAUCGAAGGUCAAAUCGGGCGAUCUCAAUGGAGCAUUGGCAUUGUUGGAGCAGAUGGAGAGGAAACAUCAGCUAAAGCCCAACGCUUUCACAUACAAUGUCUUGAUCUCUGGUAUGUGGAAGGAGCGUCGAGGGAAGGAUGCCGUCAAGCUGUUUGACGAAAUGCUUGAGAGAAGAAUUUCACCGACCCGAGUCACGUAUAACACUAUGGUCGAUGGAUACUGCAAAGCUGGAAAUUUGGAUGCUGCUUUUGGUUUUCGUGACCAAAUGUUGAAUGCAGGAUUCAAGCUGAACAUGAUAACCUGCAAUGCUUUGAUUUCUGGGCUCUGUCUUGCCGACCGUAUGGAGGAGUGCAGAAAGGUGUUGGAAGAGAUGGAGGCAAAUGGGCUCGUGCCGGAUGGGUUUACUCAUAGUAUUUUAUUCAACGAGCAUGCAAAGUGUGGGAGUUCAGAAGCCUCUCUGGCGCUCUCUGAAGAAAUAGCAGGGAAAGGUGUCAAGAUAGGGGACUACACAUGUAGCAUUCUAUUGAAUAGGCUUUGCAAGGAUGGGAAGGUUUCAAAGGCAGAAGAGAUCUUGGAGAGGCUGGUGGAGAAGGGGAUGGUUCCAACAACGGUGAUAUACAAUACCAUUGUCGAUGGACACUGUCGGGUUGGCAACCUGGAGGCAGCAUUCUCAGUGGUGAGGAGGAUGGAAUUGCAUGGACUGAAAACAAAUUGUAUAACUUACAAUUCACUCGUGAAUGGGUUGUGUAAAUUGCAGAGGACGGCUGAGGCGGAGGAAUUGGUGAUGGAGAUGGGAAAGAAUGGAGUGUCCCCAAGUGUGGAGACGUACAAUAUCCUCAUUGAUGCCUAUGGACGGGCUGGCCGGUUCGAGAGGUGUUUAGAAAUUCUUGAUGAGAUGCAAGAGAAGAUGGGGCUUAAGCCAAACGUGGUAUCUUAUGGCUCUCUCGUGAAUCGCUUGUGCAAGAAGGGAAAGGUCCUUGAAGCAGAAGCGAUCUUCCAUGACAUGGCAAAUAGAGAAAUUUCACCCAAUGUGCAGGUCUAUAACAUGCUUAUCGAUGCAUAUUGUGCGGUAGGUAGGAUCCAGAAAGCUCGUACGCUGAUUGAGGACAUGAAGAGAAGAGGGACCUCUCCGAGUAUCGUAACUUAUAAUGCUCUCAUAAAAGGUCUCUGUAAAGAAGGGCGUAUAUCUGAAGCUGAAGAACUGAUACUUUGUUUAGAUGAUGAAGAUCUAAUGCCAGAUGUAGUUACGUGCAAUAUAAUGAUCUCUGCGCACUGCAAUAUUGGCGAUACGCAUAGAGCUUUGGAGGUAUAUGAAGAGAUGGAGAAGUUAGGAAUCAAACCAACUCCAAUCACAUAUCAUGCAUUAAUAAGCGCAGUGUGUAAUGAAGGAAGGAUGGAAGAAGUUGAUAAGUUACAUCAACAGAUGUUGCAGAGGAAUAUGGCUCCUAAUAGGGGCAUUUAUAACUUACUUUUACAUGGGUAUGCAAAAUGUGGAGAUGAAUGCAAGGUUCUUUCUUUACAGAAGGAGAUGGCAGAGAGGGGCAUAUUAGCUGAAGAGAUGACCAAAAAUAAUUUGGUAAUGGAUUAAUUUGCAGUUCAGAUGUGAGUGGCAUCUUGCUCGAUAUAGAAAUGGAAACUUAAACCAUCAGUGUUGCUGGUAAUUUGCUGUUCGAAGGGGGAUCCGAAGCUACAUGAUGGCCUUCAAGACCUUCUCCCUUUUUAUGGUUGCUUGCCAAAUUAUAAGAUGGACAGAAAAACAAAGAAAUAAAAACAGUGAAGCCGCCUUGUAAAGGAGUUAAGUAUGCUGUGUAUGGAAGAACCGUAAAUUAAAAGAGAAAAGAGAGCACGAAUCUUUUACUCAUGACCAAGCAAUAAACUGGAUGCUUGGUAAGGGAUCCAAGCAGAAAAGGAAAUGCAAACAGAGAACAAGAAUACAAGGGAACAGAAACAGCGGCAAAGUGCUGUAAUUCUUUUACACGGUGAAAGGCGUCUCUUCUAUAGACAGCUGCUGAAUACUACUUUCCUGUGAACUGAGGACACUUGAAUAAUAGUUGAAUGGACCUGGGAGCUCCUUUUGGUUGAAACUAAAUGCCGACGUACGGGACUUCCUGAUUUUAUAGUGGAGAUAUGCUUCCAACUCUGCAUAUCAUUCUUCAGAUUAUGUUUGAAAUGUUGGUUAAAUAAUAAUAAUAAUAAUAAUAAUAAUAACAAUAAUAAUAAUAAUAAUAAUAAUAAGAGCAUGACCUAUGGUAGACCUAUUCUACGUUUUACUCCAUUAUAUGGGAAUCAGGGUACUGAUAACUAAUGCCUUUUAUGGGGUUAGAUAAGUAAAAUCUUCUUGUAAUCUCUUUGAACUUUGAAUUCUGUUCCUCUGAGUCUUAUACUUGCUGGGGUUAUUUAUUUCUGGUUAUCUUUGUUGCGUUUGCAUAUUUGGAGCAAAUGCAUAAAUCAUUAAAUUGUGAUUAGCAUCUUUCUUUUUCUUAUCAUCCUUUAUUGUACUGUACCAAACAAUGAAAUUUGA